UGUAAAACAUCAGGACCACAUGCUGUCAACCUGUGGACACUGGAGGACCAUAUAGGACCAAGGACAGUGUCCAACCUGACGCCCUCAAAGCUCCAUGCAAACAUGCAUUUCUAUAUUAUUGGACUUUAUCUAAGACAGGGUUUUGUAAAAGGUCUGAGAGGAGAAUUCAUUUGUGGUUGACCCCUGGGCAGGUCACAUGUCUCUCAAACAUGACAGGAGACAGUGAGUCAAAAUGUAGUUUUAUUAUUCGAGCUUAUGUCUUAGUCACAUGAUGGAUAUUCCUCAUAAAGUUGUAUUUAGUUGCUGUUUCUGCAGCGGAGGACUGUUGAUCUGGACCUGAUGGAACUCUGAGAUGGCCCAACGGUGCACCUACAGCAGCGUCCAGAUCCCGGACCCUUACCGGCCCGGCGUCUGGACCACCUGCAUCAGGAUCACCAGUCCAACCUCCCUGAUCGGCUCCUCAUCCGGGCCCCCACCUGACUACGACCCUGGCAGCAGGGUUACAGUCACUCCAACCAGGAGCACGGCGGGUCAACGCUUCACCUGGAAGAGUUUCUUCAUCCAGGACCCCAACCGGCCUGGCAUCCCCCGGCUCAUCCUCCGUAGGACCCCAGCCUCAGAACCCAGGACUGGCUCCUCAGCUCUCUGUGACCCUGGGUCUUCUGCUACUCCCCCUUCCUCUUCUUACUCCUCUUGUAUCUUCUUCUCUCCCUCUUCUUCAAGCUCCUCCUCUAGCUCCUCUUCUAGCUCUUCCUCUAAAUCCUCUUCGAGUUCCUGCUCUUGCUCCUCCUCUUGCUUCUCCUCUAAAUCCUAUUCUGUCUCCUCCUCUUCCUCUUCUUCUAGCUCCUCCUCUAGUUCCUCUUCUAGCUCCCCCUCUCCCUCUUCUUCCAGCUCCUCCUCUUCCUCUUCUUCAAGCUCCUCCUCUAGUUCUUCCUGUAGCGUCCCCCCAAGUUCCCCCCAAAGGCGAAGCAAGAGAAGCUCCUCUGAUCCACCUGAGGGACCAGGUGAGACCUCUUCAAGGUCGAGUCCCCUUAAACGACCUCGGGGACCCGGUGAGCCGUUGAAGGUAAGUCCACCUACACCAUCUCAGGUACCUGGUGAGCCGUUGAAGGUAAGUCCCAGUGGGCGCCGGCCGUCAUGGGACCACCCUGAGCAGGAGUUGACAAACCAGUUUAACAGCUGGUGGUGCAACAGAGCAACUAAACCUCCAGGUAAUGUUAAGCACCAGAAACAAGAUUAA